UCGGAUGCUCUGACCAGCCACACAGGAAAAGCCCCGGGAAAAUUUGAAUUUGAAUUCCUUUUCCUGUCUGGCCAGUUUGAAUCUCAUUUCCUGUCUGGACAUCGUGGCGAGCACAGCAGCACUGGCAACGAUGCAGAGCUCUCCAGCAGUGAUGGCCGUGCAGUCUGUGAAUAGAAAGAGGGCCCCAGCAUGGACUGAUCGGGAAGUCUUGGAUCUCAUCACUGUGUGGGGCGAUGAGUCCGUGCUUUCCGAGCUGCGAUCCAAAAGACGGAAUGCAAAGAUCUACGAGAAGAUCUCUAAAGACAUGUCAGAGAGAGGAUACAGCCGGGAUGCAACGCAGUGCCGCGUGAAAAUCAAGGAGCUGAGACAAGGCUACCAGAAGACCAAAGAGGCAAACGGAUGCUCCGGAUCCCAUCCCCAGACAUCCCGUUUCUACGAGGCACUGCAUUCCAUCCUCGGUGCGGCCGCCACCACUACCCCACCAGUGACCGUGGACUCUGAGGAUGGGAUAGUGUCCACGGCCGGUUCCUCGGACAUGUUAGGGGACGGGGAAGAUGAGGAAGGAGAUGAGGAGGGCGAGGCAGUCGGCAGCGCUCACAACGCUGAUUUCCCCGACAGCCAGGAUCUCUUCAUCACCCUUACAGAGAUCCCCUACGAAGCGUCCCCAGCCGUUACCCCGGACACAGAAUCUGGGGAAGGAUCAGCCACUACAGUAAAAUGCGGUCUAUAUGUCCGGGGAUAGAGCAGUAAUCCUCCUGGGACAUCUCGAUGAAGCUCUCCUGGAGGUAAUUGGAAAGCCGUUGCAUGAGGUUCCUGGGGAGAGCGGCCUUAUUGGGUCCUCCGAAGUACGACACAUUGCCGCGCCACGAGACUAUCAAGUACUCGGGAAUCAUUGCUCUGCACAGCAGGGCGGCAUACGGCCCUGGUCUUUGGAGGCUUUCCCGGAGCAUUCUCUCUCUCUCGCUCUCAGAGAUCCUCAUCAGGGUGAUGUCGCCCAUGGUGACCUGCUUUGAAUUAGGUAGGGGAAUGUUAGUGUUGGGACUGCUUGC